CUAAAGCAAUUAACGCAGUGAUCAGUCUCAAAUAAUCAAAUCCUAAACCAAAGCUGCAGCGAGAAACGCUCAUGUCCGAUGUACCUGACCGGCGCCGGCUCUUAAGCCGAAGCUGGACUGAAUUCCAAGAUGACGUCAUGUCGUCGAUACUGGCACGUCUCGGAGCGAUCGAGAUCCUGCAGACUGCUCAGAAGGUUUGCACGACGUGGCGCAGAAUCAGCAAGCAGCCUUCGAUGUGGCGCAGAAUUGACAUGAGUAAUAAGUGGAGCUUCCCAAGCGAUCAGCCUUUCGAGUUGGAUAAGAUGUGCCGUCACGCCAUUGAUCGCAGCUGUGGUAGUCUUGUUGAAAUCAAACUCCAGAACUUCGGUAACAAUGAACUCCUUAAGUACAUAACUGAUAGUUCAAGAGGAAUCAGAAGCCUACAGCUAGUGAAUUGUUACAUAAAAGACGAGGGCUUCAGUGAAGUGGCUUCGAAACUUUCUGUAUUGGAAGACCUUGAAAUUUCAGUAUGUGGUGGUUACAUCUCACAUAAAACUGUGGAAGUGGUUGGACAAGCCUGUCCUCUCUUGAAAUCAUUCAAACUGAACUGUUUUAGAUUUAUGCUCAACAAACAGAACUCGAGGCUAAGUUUGACAACACGCGAUGACUUGAGGGAAAGUUUGAGAACAUGUGAUGUGGAAGCACUUGCUAUAUCAAGAACAAUGCAGGAUUUACACCACCUCAAGCUUGUCGGAAAUAGGCUGACUAAUGAUGGUUGAGGAAAAUUAUUGAUUCUUGUACUAAUCUCGAGUCACUUGAUUUGCGUCGCUGUUACCGUCUUAAUCUAGCAGGAGAUUUGGGAAGAUGUGCUGAACAAAUUAAAAGCUUGCGGCUUCCCAACGAUUCCGUUGACGACAUUGACUAUCUUUCUUCAACUACAGUUAAUUGUCACAUAGCACCUUAUGAGGAUGACUACUCAGAUUUUGAUGAGGAGGAGGAUGAAGACUCAGAGUUUGAUGAUGAGGAGGACUACCUAGAUACGAUGAUUAUGAGUUAGAUGAAUUUGAGUGACAGCGCAAGGCUCAUUAAGGCUCUGAUCGACUAACGAGGAGGUGGAUCGUCUUGAGCUAGGUUGUCUUCUAGAUGAUUGUCGUUUUUAUAUGAAGGCUUUGAAUAUCAUUUAUCUUAAACAUAUUUGAUUAUUGUGAAAUAAAUGGAGUAGCCAAUAAAUUGACACACCUUGCAAGUUACAAUAGAUGCGACUCCUGAAAUUAUUUAAGAUGUUCAUUUUGAGGAUAGUUGAACUCACAUACGAGGUUUUUGAUCUUUGUUCCUCUAGUAAUUGUAUUCUUCCCGGUUCAGUAUUACUAAUAAUAAUGGCACUGGGAUGGGUAGUCCAUUAU